GAAGGGCCCGGCGGCACGGGAGGCGGCAAGAUGGUGCGCAAGCUGAAGUACCACGAGCAGAAGCUGCUGCGGCGGCUGGAGCUGGUGAGCUGGGAGGCGGCGCCCGGCAACCUGGCCGAGGUGCGGGCGCUGCGGCGGUACCGCGUGGGGCGGCGCGAGGACUACGCGCGGUACAAGGCGCUGGCCCGGGAGGUGCGCGCCUUGGCGCGGCGGCUGCGCGAUCUGGGCCCGGCCAGCGCCGCCUUCCGCGCCCGCUGCGGCGCCGCGCUGCUGGAGAAGCUGUACGCGAUGGGGCUCGUGGCCUCGCGGCGCUCCCUGGCCGUGUGCGAGCGCGUGUCCGCCGCCUCGUUCUGCCGCCGCCGCCUGCCCUGCCUGCUGCUGAAGCUGCGCAUGGCGCAGAACCUGCGGCACGCCGUCACCUUCGUGGAGCAGGGCCACGUCCGCGUCGGGCCCGAGGUGAUCACCGACCCCGCGCUGCUCGUGCCCCGCGCAGUGGAGGACUUCGUCACCUGGGCCGACGCCUCCCGCCUGCGCCUCAAGGUGCUCGACUACAACCAGGAGCGCGACGACUUCGACCUGGCGGCGUAGAGAAGCCGGAGCGGGGCUGAGACGCGCGGGGAGCCCUCCUGAGAGACCGCCGAGCCGUCCUGCGGCCCCCGGAGCCCCCCGGCCCUGACCUGCUCUGCUCCACUCCGCUCUGCCCGGAACGCACACGCGCUGAGUCCUCGUGGUGAGGCUGCCGGGCUGCCGAGCUCAUCAUCUGCCCACAGCUGUGCGGCUCCUCGCUAAGAGCAGCACUGGAGGAGCUUUGCACGUGGCCAAGCAGCCGCUGUGCUGAUGUGCCCAGCUCUGCUGCUGCAGGGCUGCGUGGGAGCACCCCAGUGCUGCUCCUCAUCGCAGCGCCGGCCCAGGAAGGUCUGUUUUAACCCGGAGCAGCGAGUCAGCAGGGGAACGCUGUGUGAUCAGCAAUGGACCAAAUACUGGAUUUUGGGAAUUGUGAGAGUUUGGGCCUCAAAUACAACAAACAAAAGUGAACUUGGUUUUCCUGUGAAGCCUUAGAGCUUAGGGCGGGCUGCAGAUCAGUGCUGGGCGGCUCUGGGGCUGCUGGAGGUGUUACUCCUCAUCCAAGAAAGGCAGAAAUAAAAAGUCAUGUUUUGGAAGA